AUGGAUGCGGGUGACGUGGCACGCCGUCGAUUUCUUUCGAUCGCACGGCAGAGGGCCGCCCAUUUCGCCCAUUUCGAUGAUUCUUCCCGCCUGACCUCCGCUCGCCGCACUGGCGCGCGCGAAACCUCUCCCGUUGCCGGCCCUCCCCCCUCUUCCGCUUCCGCCGAGGCUGCCACCGCCGCGGGGCAGGGAGGGGGUCGAGGCGGACGCGGGCGCGGGCAGGCGCGUGGGGCGGGGGAGGCGGAGCAGUGGCCGGGCCCGUUCGCCACAGCGAGGCAGUUGGUGCGGGGAAGAGCCGCUGCUGCCGCCGCCAGGCAGGCGCAAGGGGGCGGGGGGACGCGCACAGGGGAAAGCGCGGGGGAACGAUUGGGCGGAGAAAGCAUUGCGCAAGGCAGCGAAGCAGGGGGAAUCCGGGGCGGGGGGGCAGGAACUACAGGUACUGGUGUUAGCACCGCUCCAGCUCGGGUAGCUGUAGCAUGGACUCCCAAAUCGCAGAGAGAAACGGGAGGAGGCGGAAGAGACGACACAAGCGGGGACGGAGGGGGGGGAAGAGGCCCCCGCAGCCUGUACUCCCUGUGUCUAGACGUGGUAUCAGCGCACAUAGAGGCGCUGGAAUCACUGGAAGGCGUGCCGGACGGCGUGCGGCGCGACCUGAGUGCGUGCCUGAGCGCGCACAGGCGGCUGGACGGCCCCGCGCUGCUGCUGCUGGUGGGCGGCGUGGCGACGGAGCUGGCCGUGGCAGACUGCUCGCUGGUGGGCGAGGCGGACCUGCACCGCGCUCUCCUCACCUGCCACCCUGCCAAGCUGGAGCGCGUGGAUCUCUCUAUGUGUGGUCGUAGUCUCUCCGACGCCUGCCUCACCUCCACUCUCCUGCGCGCCCCAGCGUCCCUCCCCGCGCUGCGCUCCCUCUCCCUGCAAGGCGGCUAUCGCCUCUCCGACACCUCCCUCCCCCCGCUCGCCCUCGCCGCCCCCUCCCUCGCGCACCUCUCGCUCCUCCACUGCCCGCUCCUCUCCUCCCCAGCAGUAUCCACCCUGCUCUCCUCCCUCGCCUCCUCACUCAAAUCUCUCCGCUUGGACGGGUGCAGUCAGCUGAAUGCUCACGCGCUGCUGCCAGGCCUCAGGGCGUUGACGGGGCUGACCUGCCUGUCGCUGUCGGGAGUGUCUGCGGUGACUGAUGCCGUGCUGGCUGACCUGCUGCCCGCUGUGGGGGGGCAUCUGAGGGAGCUUUCUCUGGCACACUGCGAGGCAGUAACAGACGAGUCCGUGGCCGCGGCAGCAGUCCACGCACCGUCAUUAACCGCUCUGGACCUCUCACACCUGCCCCUGCUCUCGGACGACUCCCUCCACUCCCUGUGCUCCGCUCAAAUCAAGCUGCGAUCGCUCAACCUCACUCGAACCAACUUCAGUGACUCGGCUCUCGCUUCUCUGGUCCAGUCCUCAGGCGCUGCGCUGCACACCCUUUCAGUGAAUGCUGUGUAUGAGGCAUCGGACAGGUUGCUGGUCGCGCUAGCGCGCUGCGCGCACGAGUCGCUGCAGGCUCUCGAUGUGUCGUGGUGUCGCUCCAUGUCUGACCACGCCCUUGGCCUGCUCGCUGACUCCUGCACCAACCUCUCUCGCCUCUGCCUCUACGGCUGCUCCCAGGUGUCCGAUGUGUUUUACCUCGGGCAUAGUAACACCCGUCUGCAGCUCGUUGGCCAAGUCCUAGCUGCGCCAUUGUCGCAUCAGUCGCCGUCCCCGUCGUUUGCUCAUCAUCAGUCUCGCCAGCAGCACGACUCUGCGACGUUACGCGACGAGAAUCCGUCGCUUGAUAUAUUCGCGGAGAGUGACGUGGCAGCGGAGUUCUUGAACCUUCUGGACGCCAUCACGGACGGCUCGCAGUCGGACGGGACUCCCAUCGACAGCACCGAUUCACGCGAUUUACAACAGCAUCGCGAUACUAACUUAUUGCACCAGCACCAGCACCACCAGCAGCAGCAUCAGCAGCAGCAGCAGCAGCACCAACAGUUGUCGUCCGCGCCAUCUUCGCCUGCCGCCUCCGCCGCCGAUCCUACCACGUCCAUUUCGGCCUCCACCAGCGGUGCUGCUAGCUUUUUGGCCGCAGCUCCAGAUUCGGCUGGCGGUGAUGCUAUGACGGCAGCAGAAGCACUGGCGAACCCUGUGUCGCCGCGGCAUGGGGAGUCGUUAAACGCGUUGGAUUCAUACAGAUCGUUGGAAGCAGCGUGUGCGACGGAGGUGAUUCACGACGACGACGCUGCAGCGUGUGUGGCGGGGUUCAAUGGCGGUCGUUCCGACGACCCCAUCGACGCUUUUCUCGGCACCCUGCUGCUCGAGAAUCCGGCGUGCGGAGGUGGCGAUGCGCGCACAUCUCCUUGCCCGUCCGCCGCUGCUGCUGCCCGCGGUCAUGAUCCGCUGCUGCAAGGCGCGCCCAUGAGCAGUAGCCAGGGCUUGGCGGAAGUGCGGGAAUGUUGGCUUUCAGAAUUGUUAGUAGCACCUCCCGCCUCUAUCUCAUGGGCUUCGCAGCAGCAGCAGCAGUUUAUGAUGAUGACAGAAGGGAACGAGGCGUUGCAUGAGGUGCCCUGUGUGCACCCAGGGAACGACGGCGAACCGGCAUUUGUGGGGACCGGCUGGAGUGACAACGCGGUGGAGGAAUUGGGCAUGGGCGGAAGCAAGGCGGGCGGAAUGGGCGGUGGGGGAGACAAUGCGCAGCAGGUGGAGGGUUCAGCGUCGCCUGUGGAGCUCACAGGCUCAGAUCUGUUUAAUGCGGCACGCAUGGAGGGAAGUGGUGUGGGAAGCGUGGCGACAAGCAGGGAGCGGAGCGAGGAUAGUGCGAGGCGACUGGCAGCUCUCAUCAGCCAAAUAAGCCACGCCGGCAACGCCAAGGCCAGGGCCAAGCGCAGGGCGGGGCAUGACGCUACUGCUGCAGCUGCAGGGCAUGCAAGGGCAGCAGGCACGGUGCCCCGGCAUGAUUUAGCAGGAGGCAUGAUGAUGAUGAUGCACGAACAAGCUGGUCUACCAGAUGGCCUGGAGCGUGGCUUGGAGGAGGGAGGGCGAGAGAGCGCGUUGGGCCUGCAUGGGCGAGGCACAGGCGGUGAUGAGGGAAGGCUCGCAUAUGGGCGUGGUGGGGGCGGUGGUGUGCAGGAGGCGCAUGGCGAGGAGUCAGGCAGCAAGCGGCGGGCAGUGCAGGCGCGGGAAGAGGCCUCGGGGCACACAGCAGAGCAGGUAGCAUGCCAGGUGCACACCUCUGCAACAUUCAGCUCUCAACACACUGCUGCUCCUCCUACUGCGGCAUCUGCCUUUCCUCCUAAGCCCAAUACUAGUUCUGCAGCAGCGGCGCCGUCCCUACCCGACGCGUGGUUCCUGGCAGGCUUGGGUCCAGACGGCCGGUCACAAGAAAUGGAUCCGUUUCUGCUCGCACAGCACGUCACCCGCUGCGCGCCUGCUCUCGCCCUCGCCCCCGCCAUGCUCGCUGCCCCGCAUGACCCUUUUGCCGCCCAGCAGCUGCCCUCUCUCGCCGCGGUUCCGCACACACGAGCUUCCUUGCAGGCGCUCCCAGUUGCGUCGGUCUCUCAUCCCGUCGCUUACCACUCACUGCUGCCCUCUUUGCUGCCCGGUGCUGCUGCCACCACCAGACUAGCGGGUGGUUUUGCAUCCCCGCCCAUGCCUUCGCCCAUGCACCUGCCCAUGCCCAUGCCCAUGCCCAUGCCCAUGCCCAUGCCCAUGCCCAUGCCCACGUCCACGCCCAUGCCGUUUUACGGGCCUGCGCAUGAGGCGAUGACCAUGGCAGUGCCGCGGCCUGUGCGUGCGCGCGUGCACAAGGGCAAGAGCGAUGUGGGCAUGGACGAGGUGAGGCAGCUCGUGCUCGCCCUCGCUGAAGCCAUCGCCACCGCUGACACGGACCGGGUGGCAGGGCUGCGGGCGCGCGUGGCAGCAGCAGCGAGUGCGGAGGGGCGGGCGGGGCAGCGAGUGGCGCACUGCUUCCUGGACGCGCUCACCACCCGCCUGCACGGCACCGGCGCCCUCCGCCUCUUCAACGCCGCCUUCACCUCCCAGGACAUGAUGCAGUCGCGUCAUGUGUAUUUCACCACCACGCCCUUCAUCACCUUUCUCUACACCACCGCCUAUUCCGCCAUCCUGCACACGCUCUCCCGCUCCGCUCGCCGCUCCCCUCCCACUGCCGUCACCACGAUCGCUUGCUCUCCUGCUUUUGAUCCGUUCGCUCCUCACAACACCCCCUUGCGUUCCUCCUUCACCAUGCAUUCUGCUGCGGCUGGCACCAGCACCAGCAGCACCAGCCACUGCAGCGACGGCUCUGCUUCCACCCCCCACGCACAGGUGUGCACAGGAGGGCGUGCAGCGGCAGGGGCAGGAGCAGGGGCAGGAGCAGGGGCAGGAGCAGGGGCAGGGGAAGCAGCGGCGUGCGGAGUGAAUGGUUCUGUUGGGAGCAUGGGCAGGGGAGUGGGAGACGUGCAGGUGGAGGAGGUGGGGGGCGAGCAGCAGUGCUGGGUGGCGGACUGUGAGCAGCAGAAGCACGAGGAGCUGGGGAGGAUGCUCACUGCACAGCUCACGGCAGAGGCGGCUGCGGUGGGCAUAGAGAGGUUUGAGCACCGCGUGGUGACGAUCCACAAGGACAACCUCGCUGAUAGCCUCUCCCAGGUGGAGGGCCGGCGCAGAUGGGCGGGCACAGGGGGUUGGGGUGGCGGAGGGACGAGGAGGGGGAUGGGUGGAGGGGUGCAGGACAUGGGUGCGGAUGAGUGGAGGGGAGAGGGUUGCGAGGAGGAGGAAGAGGAGGAGGAGGAGGUGGUGGCAGUGUGCUGCUGUUUGGAGCUGCUGUAUUUCCACGACAGCUCUGUCAUGCGUAGCAGCCCUAGAGAUACCCUUCUCAAGUGGGUGGCCUCCCUCGCUCCGGACAUUUUCACCUUCAUGGAGUUUGACUUAUCGGCCAACGGCCCCUUCUUCCUCUCGCGCCUGCGCAACUGCCUUGACUACCACGCCGCACUCUUUGAGUGCCACGAGCACCUCUCUGCGGCAUGCCCUACCUCCAACCAAGCGCCCUGGCUAGGCACGCUUCACCAGCAACCUCAGCAGCAAAUCGAAGCGCCCACUCGCCGCGACCACAUCCUGGCAUUUGAGCGGGCCUUCUUCGGGUACAACAUCGUGAACAUGGUGGCCACCGAGGGCAUGCAGCGCUCCGUGCGCCCGGAGAGCCUGGUGGAGUGGGCGCAGCGCAUUCGGCACGCGGGGUUUGUGCCGCUGGCGGUGCCGGCAGACGUGCUGGAGGAGGCGUAUGGCACCAUCCGCAGCACCCCCCCGGGGCUGGGCAUGCUGGCCACAGAGGGCGCAGUGCAGCUCACAUGGCAUGGCCGCCCGCUGCUCAUGUGCACUCUCUGGCAGGUGCCCUGGGUCAUGGGUUGA